AUGUCUGACACCAAAAUCAUUGUUCAUUGGCUUAACUAUUCCCGUUCACAAAGAGUACUUUGGUUAUUAGAAGAGUUGAAUAUCCCAUUCGAACUAAAAGUUUAUUUGAGAAACAAACAAUUCAGAGCACCCAAGGAAUUGGAGAAUGUUCACCUGUUGGGGAAAUCACCUGUAAUUGAAGUUGUUGACACCAAGACCGGUGAAUCAGAAGUCAUUGCUGAAACUGGCCAUAUUUUCAAUUACAUCUUAUCAAACUAUGACACUACCAAUAUCUUAACUCCUACCGAUUCUAAGUUUCAGAGCCAAGUUGAUUAUUUUUUACAUUACACAGAAGGAACCUUGCAGCCAAAAUUGGUUGCCCUUAUGGUUCAUGGAGUUGCCAAAAAGAGGGCACCGUUUGGAACCAAGUUCUUAAUGGGCUUGUUGGUUGGUGGGAUUGAUGAUGCAUUCUACAUUCCAGACUUGAAAAAAAACCUAAACUAUUUGGAAGACAUCAUACACAAGCAACACGAAAAAGGCAGCAAGUACUUUGUUGGCGAUAAACUUUCUGGAGCUGAUAUUAUUUUGGAAUUCCCUGUGAUUACCAACAUCUUCCAAAACAAACGUGGGGCUCAACAAUUUGGUGCUGGAGAUGUCGAGAAAACGUAUCCACAUUUGAACCAAUGGGCAGAAGACAUGCAAAGAGAACCCAAAUACAUCAAGGCUCAAGAAUUGGUUGCCAAACACGAAACUGUCAAGCCCAACAUCUAA